AUGCCUUUCAAUCCAUUCAAAUAUUCAAAACGAAAGAGGAGAACAUCUACAACAGAUUUUCAGCAAUUAUCUAGUCAACAAGACAAUGACACUGCUAGUGUACAAUCUUUAUCUUCAUCAUUUGAUAGUGGUUCUCAAAUUCUUUUAAUUCCGAAUCAAAACAAUAAUAAUAAUAAUAACAUUUUAACAGCAGCAAGUAGUAGUGGUAGUUUGAAUAAUAGCUCGUCAUCUACUUCAUCACCAAAGAUAAUUGUAGGACGUCAUAAUAGAAGCGAGGAGGAACUUGAAAUAAUAGAAGGAGAUGCAUCAUCCUCUUUGGAGAAUAAUGAAAUACCAUCAUCAUCAUCAACUCAGAAUAGGGAGCAUCAUCAUAGAGAACAUUCUAAUAUUCUUAGACAAUCAACUGCUGACUUGAGUUCAAUCAAUGAUUUUACAUCAAGUCUAAUUCAGGAUGAAGACGUUAAUGGAUCAUCAUCUUCUCAUGCCAUGAUUGAAUUAGCAAUAGAAAAUGAUGAUCAAAUGGUUUUUGGUUCACCAUCUCCUACAAGUAAUUCACCAAGUGAUGAUGCUUUACCUUCAAAGAAAACCACAACACCUCGUAGAAGAGCAUCUUUCAAUAGUUUAGAUCGAUCAGCAUCAAACAUUCAAAGAGUUUCAUCUGAUGUUGAUAACAAUGAAAAUGAUCGUAGAAUCCAAAGGCAAAUCGAGUUGGAUUCUAAAAAACCUAAAAAAGUUAGAAUUUUAACUCUUGGAUCUGGUAAAUCAGGAAAAAGUACCCUCAUUAGAAAAAUCAAAUUAUUAGAGGGUGAUUAUUCGAAUGAACAAGUUGUAGAAUUAUUUAAAUGUAAAAUAUUGAAAUUUGUAUUGAAUAAUGCAAAAUAUUUAAUUAAGAAUGUCACGGAAACAGAAUUUAGAGAAAAUUUAAGGAGAAGAGCUCAAUUACUUCAACUUUGGAGGUUUAAUCAAACUUUAAAUACACAAAAUGAAUGCAAUAGUGAUAGUGCUGCUAGUAAUAAUACAAGCCAAUCCAUACCUAUAACUCCAAAGAACAAAUCUCCUUUAAGAGUUUCAUCAUCAUUGGAUGAAAGUUUAAACGUUCUUCACCAAAGAUUAAGUAAUUUUAAAAAUGAUUCAAAACAAUUCCACAAACAACCAUCACAAUAUGAUACUCAAUCAGAGGAAUCUAAUAAGAUUACUCAAAAUUUCUUAAAUCCAGAAGCAGUUGAAUUAUUUAAGAGUUUAUGGAAGGAUAAAUACGUAAAACACACAUUUGACAAGUUAUCUUUAAAUAACUCAAUACUUUACAAUGCAAGAUACUUUUUUGAUAAUAUUGACAGAAUAGCAUCACUAAGAUAUACACCAACAUCAAGAGAUAUUUUAACUACAUAUUUUCCUUCUACAUCUAUUGAAACAUGUCAGUUAAAUUUUCCGUUCCCAUGUGAGUUUGUAGAUAUUACUGGACAAAGAAAUGAAAGAAGAAAGUGGAUGACUUCUCAUUUUGAUAGAGAUUCAGUUUCUGCAAUUGUUUUCAUGGUUUCUUUAAGUGAAUAUUGUGAAUAUUCUUUAAGCUUACUUGACUUUAGUCCAACUAAAAAUCCUCAAAGCCCACCAAUUGUUGACCCUCUAAAUUUUGUUCCUCCAACUCAAAACCAAAUAUUGGUUUCCCAUAUGCAUAAUUCACUUUCAAUGUUCAAAGAAAUCUUAAGCUUUUACAAAGAUACACCAAUCAUUUUAGUAUUUACAAAAUUAGAUAUAUUCCGUAAAAGAAUCAAAUCUGUUCCUCUUCGAAUGUGUUUUCCAGACUUUGAUUAUUCUGGUGAUCAUGUAUUCCUCUACACUAGUUUUGUUGCUGAGAAAUUUAUUAAUGUUGAUCCAACAAUUAGACAACGGUGUUUAUACACUCAUUUUGUUGAUUUGAUACGUGAAGAUGCUUCUUUGAUGGUUAUGGAUGAUAUUAAGGAUAUUAUUUUACAAAAGACUUUGAGAGAUCACGGCCUUUUCUAA